UCCCUGGAAGAUGAAACCAAGGGAGGUACUUUUUUGUUGCCAUUUGGUAGUGGAUCAUUGAAGUAUACACCAACUUACUAGGGCUCAUGCUGCUGCAUUGGACUGCACCAUGCGUUCACAAAUUCAAGUAUCAAGUCUGCAUCAAGUGGCAAGUCCUAGAUUGGAUAGGUGACAAACAGCAUAGGGAGCCUGCAGAACCACUGAGAGUAAGAUUGGGAACAGCAUUGUAAUGCCAGGGCACUGCCAGUCCUACAGUCUUGCUUGUUGGUAUGCUAGUUUUUGUAUAUGACUCCUCCUGUUUCAUAGACUAUAGCCAAGUUGUGACUUGCAUUCACUGGCUGGUACCUAUAAUAUAAAUCAAAACGAUACCAGGUGAGAUACAAUGGAAAAAUUUCAAAAAAUUGAAAAGAUUGGUGAAGGCACAUAUGGUAUUGUAUAUAAAGCAAGAGACAAAGAAACGGGAAAGAUAGUGGCACUGAAGAAGAUCAGUCUGGAUGUCGAUUGUGAAGGUGUUCCAAGCACUGCCAUCCGCGAGAUAUCGCUGUUAAAGGAACUCCAACACCCCAACAUCGUCGAGCUGCUCGAUGUCGUCCACAGUGAUAUGAAACUCUACCUCGUCUUCGAGUACCUGAAUCAUGAUCUCCGCAAGUUCAUGGAUCUGGCCAAGCCGAAAGGCAUCUCCAAACCUUUGGUAAAGAGCCUGCUGUGGCAGAUGAUGCGCGGCAUCGCCUACUGCCACUCGCACCGCGUGCUGCACCGCGAUCUCAAACCGCAGAACCUGCUCAUCGAUAAAUCAGGCCGGCUGAAGCUGGCCGAUUUCGGCCUGGCGCGCACGUUCGGCGUGCCGGCGCGCACCUACACCCACGAGGUGGUGACGCUGUGGUACCGCGCGCCGGAGAUCCUGCUCGGCAGCAAGGUCUACCUGGUGGCCGUCGACGUCUGGAGCAUCGGCUGCAUCUUCGCCGAGAUGCUGACGCAGCGGGCGUUGUUCCCGGGAGACUCUGAGAUCGACCAGCUGUUCCGCAUCUUCCGCACGCUGGGUACGCCCGACGACCGCGUCUGGCCGGGCAUCUCGCAGCUGCCCGACUAUAAGUCGACGUUCCCGCGCUGGGAGCGCGCGCCCCUAUCGGGCGCCGUGCCGGGCCUGGACGAGACCGAGCUGAGCCUGCUGAGCGCGCUGCUCACAUACGACCCGGCGCGCCGCGUCUCGGCCAAGGCGGCGCUCUCGCACUCGUACUUCCUGGACGUGCAGCAGGUGGUACCCAGCUCGGGCGCGUUGGACUCGUGAAGACGGCGUGUGUGGGCGCCGUUUGUGAGCUCCUGACAGGUCGAGUGGACCGGUGAGAGACCCGGGCUGUACGGCAGGGGAGGGACGCUCAUUGACCGGGCGUUCUGCAGUCCGUGUCCCGCAGUGUCGUCCCCUGCGGCGGUGUGACCGCCACUGUACACUGCCAUCCAUCUCUCCGGUGACAGCCGGGCCGCCGGGUGGCCAGUGACAGAUGACAGGAUAGUGGGCAGAUGCCACGCGCGCCUUACCCGCCCUCCCAGAUAACUAUGUGGCGACGGGAGACAGAUUUGAGUUCCGAGACACCCGCGGCGAAGAUCUCUCGACCAGCCGGCGCGGAGGUCUGCGAGCUCACCACCGGGUUACUGCCGGGCACUGUGUUUGCCGGUGUUUGUGAGGUGUUCAAGAUUGAUGUUUUCUUUGACGCGGGGCCGAAAUACCAGCAGCAGCCGGUUAUGAACUUCUGACGGUAAAGUAUUCCCGGGAGGCUGUGUAAGACUGCCUUAUGCUCCAAUCAGCUCACAAGGCAGUUGCCCUUUGAUGCUGCUGAGGGUGACAUGUCCUCUCACGGCCACCGACCACGAUAAAACCUAAGCCAUCAUUCCAAGUGCCUGAAGAAGAAUGUUUUUUUUGUGAGUGUUUGGGCAAAAUCAUUUGGGAGAAGAGUGUUGUGAUUUUCGACGUUUUUACGUGUUAUGGUUUCCACGCGUCUCAUCAAUUCUUCCAUACGAUGUUGACCUUGCCAAUAUACUUUUUAUGUCUGA